GUCGACAGGUUGAAAGACGGCGCGCGUAGCAUUUCGUUUAAAUGCACACGUUGACAAAAUUGCAAGAUUUUCUUCAGCGUAUCGAUCUCGUAUACGAAAAGUUCUCAAUAACAGUCUGUGACGGUGCGUUCUUACGAUUGAAUUGAGAACGUUCAUUGUAAAUUUCAAUUGUGCAUUUUUCAAUAAUUUUUACGUCUUAUAAUAUUGAACCAAUACAAUGAAGGCUCCACUUGCGAUCGCCUGCGUAUUUCUGGGAUGUUGUAGCAACGUAAUGUUCCUGGAACUACUCAUCAAAGAGGAUCCCGGAGUCGGUAAUCUAAUAACGUUUUCUCAGUUCCUGGCAAUUUCUUUGGAGGGUUUCAUAUUUACAUCAAAAUUUGGAAAGGUCGAGCGAGUAAUACCUCUGAAGCAAUACAUGAUACUGGUGUCGAUGUUCUUCGUGACAAACGUCUGCAAUAAUUAUGCAUUUAACUUCAAUGUACCGAUACCCCUCCAAUUGGUGUUCAGCUCGAGUACUCUCACAGCUAACAUGAUCGCGGGAAUAAUAAUUAUGAAGAAAAAGUACGAAAGCAGCAAGUACGUGUCAGUUGCUUUGAUAACUGUAGGGAUACUUCUCUGCACGUUUGUCAGUGGAAAAAAUGUAGAGCAUCUACAGUCGAUUACAAAACCUCUUGAGCUUACGACCCCUUUGGAAGAUUUUUACCGGUGGAUGAUUGGAAUAUCACUACUGACAUUGGGUCUGUUCACAUUAGCUGGAACCGGUCUUUAUCAGGAGACCUUAACUGCUAAUUAUGGCAAACAUCCUAAAGAGUCUCUUUUUUAUGUGCAUGUUUUGGCUUUGCCUUUCUUCAUAUCACUGCUGCCAAACAUUUAUAAACAUUUUAUCAUAAUCGUCCAAUCAAGGCCAAUUGAAAUCAUUGGUUUUAUGAUCCCAAGAAGCAUCCUCCAUCUCAUUGGUAAUUUGCUCACGCAAUAUAUGUGCGUAUGUUCGAUUUUCAAAUUGAUAACCGAAUAUUCUUCACUGACGGUAACAUUAGUGUUGACACUGCGAAAAUUUUGUUCUCUCCUCAUAUCAGUAAUGUACUUCAACGAUGCCUUCACGAUUUAUCACUGGAUUGGCACGAUUUUUGUGUUCAGCGGUACGUUUAUGUAUACCGCACUGGAAUCAGCGAUGGUAUCGGAUGCACCGAAAUCGGUGAAGUACCAAACGAGACCGGAGCUCGAUGAAUGAUCGACUACUUUGAAGAUUAAAGUUAAGAGAACGAAAUUUAUCAUGAAAGUGAAGUAAACAUUCUUUCGAUCGAGACACGAAAUUUUUUGUUAUCUAAAAUUUUGAAGUUGUCGAUACCGAAGUGAACAGUGAAAAAUUUCAGUACUACCGAAUGAAAUUCGCAUUACGAUGCUUU